CGCGAUAUAUAUGAUGGACAGGAAGCGGCUGGGGGGCUAUGCUACAAAACACUACCCCUGGACCCCAUGUCAAGCCAGGAGACAACCUACACUUUCAACGUCCUCGAUCGGCCGGGUCCGACCAUGUCAGCGUCCGCACGCCGCGAUCUCGUGGAAGAGCUCCGUGCGCUGGCCGCAACCUGCCUCAAUCCCCUGCUAGAGUACCAAUGUCUCUCCACCGCGCCUACCGCGCUCGAUGACAAGCUCAUCGUCAUGAUGCGCGGCAAACAGACGGCAUGCCUCCUUGCCUUUGUCUCUGCCGUCUACCUGCAAGUGUCACUCCGAGAAGGUGCCCCCACGAGCACCAUCCUGCACACUGGCUUGACCUGCAUCGCCCCCGCGCUGCGCCGCUAGGGCCUCCUUGCACCGCUCUUCUACCACAUUUUUGCGCAUCUGCAUGCCUGCCCCGACUAUGCACGGGGCAUGUGGGUGACGGGGCUCUCGGCAGUGCCGAGCACGCUCGGAGAGCUUGGGCAGUACGCCGCGGACGUGUAUCCGAGCCCGUGGAAGGCGGCGCCGUCGGAGAUCCACGUCCGCAUCGCGAAGAUCGUCGACAAGCGGUACCGUGCCGCGAUGCUGAUCUCGCCCGACGCGCACUUCGACGAGGGCACGUUUGUUUUCCAAGGGUCGAACCCGCAGGGGUCGUGCUUCAGGAAAGAUAUGGAUGACCACCAGUACCAUCAUAGAGAUGCCACCGUGAAUAACUUCUAUCGACAACUGUUGGGGGAUGACAGGGGCAGUGAGGUCCUGGCGAUCGGGUUUUUGGAUUGGGAGACUGUGUUCGG